AUGCCAAUGACACCUCUUGAGCGGCGCGCGACCAAGCGCGAGCAGGCACGAUGGAAGCUGAAAAGGACUGUGACCAACGACGACUCUGACGCUGACUCUGACUUGAACACAUGCGACACAGCAAGUGACAAUAGACGGUGGAGGAAGGCUGGCGCAGAGAAACGGGGAUUGCUUGCACGACCAGGACAUGACAGUACCCGAGCCCAAGGAACCAUAUCAUGGCGAAGAUAUUGCGCUCCGAGCCGACUGUGUUGUCUGCUAAUACUCCUGUUCGUCGUCUCACUUUUGUCAAUCUUCACGGCGGGCGGUCUAUGGGUAGUGAAGAAAGGCGUGCCGGAGUAUGGGCAGAGUGAGCCUUGGUACCCAACGCCGAGAGGGGGGACAGUGAAGCUAUGGGAGAACAGCUAUCAACGAGCCGCUGAGCUGGUGGGUCAGAUGUCUUUGCCAGAGAAGGUGAAUAUCACUACGGGUAUAGGCUGGAGCAUGGGGAUGUGCGUUGGCAAUACUGGUCCUGUGGAUCGCCUCGGCUUCCCUUCCUUGUGUCUGCAGGAUGGACCACUCGGUCUGCGAUUUGUGGACAAUGCGACUGCCUUCCCGGCAGCAAUCACUGUGGGUGCAACGUGGAAUAAGCAGCUCAUGUAUGAUCGUGGCCGGGCCCAUGGUCUCGAAGCACGACUAAAGGGCAUCAACGUUCUGCUAGGACCAUCGAUGGGACCUUUAGGACGCUUGCCCGCUGGUGGCCGGAAUUGGGAGGGCUUCGGAUCCGAUCCCGUGCUGCAAGGUAUUGCAGCCGCCGAGACAAUUCGUGGCAUACAAAGUGAAGGUGUCGUUGCGACCGCCAAGCACUACGUGGCCAACGAGCAGGAGCAUUUUCGACAAGCAUGGGAGUGGGGCACACCCAGUGCCCUCAGCAGUAACAUCGAUGAUCGCACGAUGCACGAGAUCUAUGCUUGGCCAUUCGCGGAGAGUGUGCGCGCAGGCGUUGGCAGUGUCAUGUGCUCAUACAACCUGGUCAAUAAUUCCUACGCAUGUCAGAACAGCAAGCUUAUGAACGGCCUGCUCAAAGACGAGCUUGGCUUCCAGGGAUUCAUCCAGUCGGACUGGCUUGCACAGCGGUCGGGCGUGGCGUCCGCAUUAGCAGGUCUGGACAUGACCAUGCCAGGCGACGGCUUGGGGUGGCAAGAUGGCAAGAGUCUAUGGGGUGCAGAAUUGACCAAGGCCGUCUUUAACAGCUCGGUGCCCAUGGAUCGCUUGAAUGACAUGGUGUUGCGCAUAGUCGCAGCAUGGUACCAGCUUGCCCAAGAUGACACUGCACGCUGGCCCAACACGACUUCAGGUGGUGGACCGAACUUCAGCUCCUGGACAGACGACGAAUACGGACAACUACAUCCCGGCAGUCCCGACAGCGAGGAGACCGGUGUCGUAAAUCAAUUCGUACCAGUCAGACAAACAGAAGAAGGUGGUGACCACGAUACUCUCGUCCGAGUUAUGGCAACCGAGGGCAUCGUAAUGGUGAAGAACGAGCUUGGCAUUCUGCCCAUUCCGCGCAGCGUUCAAGGCAUCAAGACCAAGGGCUCAGGAGGGAAACUCCGAGUAGGUAUCUUUGGAGAAGACGCAUAUCCGAAUUCGAAGGGCAACAAUGCCUGUCCCGAUCGUGGCUGCAACGAGGGCACACUUGCCAUGGGCUGGGGAUCAGGCGCAGUGGAACUGCCCUAUCUCGUCUCUCCUGCGGAAGCACUACAUCGCGAAUUCGACUCCGAGACCGUAGAAGUGACAGAUUGGAAAACGAACUCCAUCAACCGUGUAGACGGUACAGCCGCAGCGCAGAACCUUUGCCUCGUCUUCAUCAACUCCGAUGCAGGCGAAGGCUUUAUAAGCUGGAAUGGUAUCAAGGGUGACCGUAAUGACCUGUACUCGCAGAAAGGCGGAGAUGACCUCGUGAGACAAGUCGCUGCUAAUUGCGGAGGCAAGAACGAAAAUGGCGAGCCCGCAAGCGACACGAUUGUAGUCCUACACACCGUUGGUCCAACAAUAAUAGAGAAAUGGAUCGACAUGCCUGGCGUCAAAGGCGUGCUAAUAGCCCAUCUGCCUGGUCAAGAAAGCGGGAAUGCUUUGGCGGAUGUGCUGUUUGGAGCGUACAGUCCUAGCGGACAUCUACCAUACACGAUCGCCAAGCGGGAGGAGGACUAUGGGCCCACAAGUGGUAUCUUGCGGUAUCCUAAUGCUGUUGUGCCGCAACAGAAUUUUACGGAGGGAUUGUAUAUAGAUUAUCGAUACUUCGACAAACAUGACAUUACGCCGCGGUAUGCGUUCGGGUUCGGGCUGAGCUACACGACGUUCGAGCUCGACAAGCUUGUCGUCAGCGCUCCUGCCAACCUGACGGGAACCGAAGCUCCUCCAGUAUCAAGCCACGACCGCCUGGAACCACCUCAUCUUGACCCUAGCAUCCCAGACGCGAAGACGGCACUCUGGCCAAAGGGUCUGAGGAAGUUAAAAGGGUACGUCUACCCAUGGAUAACAAGCGUGGAUGAGGUGCAAACUGGCCAUUAUCCGUAUCCUGACGGGUAUGAGCACUGGCAUGCUCCAUCCGCGGCAGGAGGUGGCGAAGGAGGCAACCCGGCUUUGUACAAGACCGUUGUCGCCGUGAAGGCUUCGCUGAAGAACACGGGGAGUGUGACAGGCGAUGCGGUAGUGCAGGUGUACGUCUCUUUGCCUACGGAUGCGCUUGAUAGCAUGGACAACACCCUUGACGUUCCAGUCCGGCAGCUCAGGAACUUUGAUAAGUUCUCUCUUGAUGUUGGUGCGGAGCUGGCGGUACAAAUGAACUUGACGAGGAAGGACUUGUCGUAUUGGGACAUCGGAAGACAAAAUUGGGUGUUGCCAAAAGGCGAGUUCGAUAUCUGCCUUGGAUUCAGCAGUAGGGACGAGAAGAUGCGGUGCGAGAAGCUUGCGCUUUUCAAGGAUGCCAAGAGGGUAGAUGAGCGUGCGAAGAGACAUGCUGAGGUCAGAGGGCAUCGUUAG